UGACGGUGUGGGCGGGACUUACAGCGAACUCGAACAUGGCUGCGUCCUUAGACGAUGAUGUUGAGUUCAAUAAUCAGGAUUACUACUCGCUGCUCAACGUGCGGAAGGAGGCUACUCUGGAGGAGCUGAAAGCAUCGUAUAGGAGACUUUGUAUGCUCUACCAUCCUGACAAACAUUGUGAUCCUGAGCUGAAAAUACAGGCUGAACAGCUUUUCAACCAGGUGCACCAAGCCUAUGAAGUGUUAAGUGAUCCUCAUGCUCGAUCCAUCUACGAUCUCUUUGGGAAGAAAGGGUUAGAAGUAGAAGGUUGGGAGGUGGUGGAACGAAAAAGAACACCGGCAGAAAUUCGAGAGGAGUAUGAACGUCUACAGCGAGAAAGAGAAGAAAGGAAGUUGCAGCAAAGAACAAACCCCAAGGGCACCAUAAGCGUGGGAGUGGAUGCGACUGACCUCUUCGACCGUUAUGAUGAGGACUUUGAGGAAACCCCUGGGGGAGGUUUUCCUCACCUGGAGAUCAACAAAAUGCACAUCUCCCAGUCCAUCGAGGCUCCUUUGACGAACUCCGACACUGCAGUGCUGUCUGGUUCACUCUCAACCCACAAUGGCAAUGGAGGGGGCAGCAUUAACAUGACAGUUCGCCGGGUUACAUCUGCUAAAGGCUGGGGAGAGUUGGAGUUUGGUGCAGGAGAAAUACUGGGACCUCUUAUUGGCUUGAAGGUGUUUCGUAAUGUCACACAGCGAUGUUUCUUGACAGCGCAGUGUGGCUUGCAGUUUUCCCCCCGCGGCUUACGCCCCAGCUGUUCUUUGAUGACAGCACGCCACCUGGACCAGAACACAAUGGGUUAUCUGCAGUGGCGCUGGGGUCCCACCAGUGCCAUGACCACAAGUGUGGUGCGCGACACGAAGAGCAGUCACUUCACUCUUGCUGUACAGCUGGGGGUUCCUCACUCCUACCUAAUGAUGAGCUACCAGUACAAGUUCCAAGAUGAGGACCAGACCAAAGUCAAAGGGUCCAUCAAGACAGGCUGGUUCGGAACAGUGCUGGAAUACGGAGCAGAGAGGAAGAUCAGCCGCCACAGUGUCCUGUCAGCCACUGUCAGCAUCGGCGUCCCUCAGGGAGUCACACUGAAGAUCAAGUUGGCACGUGCCAGUCAAACGUACCUGUUUCCAGUCCACCUGACAGACCAGCUGUUGCCAAGUGCUGUCUUCUAUGCCACAGUGGGCCCAUUGCUUGUCUACAUGGCCGUCCACAAACUUGUCAUCAUCCCCUACACACGAGCACAGAAAGAAGAAGAGCUGGAGCUACAGAGGAAGAGCUCAGCCACAGACAUUGCCAAGAAGAAGCAGGAAGCUGAAUCUGCCGUUUUGCUGAUGCAGGAGUCCGUGAGGAGAAUCAUCGAGGCCGAAGAAUCCAAGAUGGGACUGAUCAUCCUGAAUGCGUGGUAUGGAAAGUUUGUGUGCGACACCAGCCAGAAGCAGGAGAAAGCCAAAGUCAUUGACGUCACUGUGCCGCUGCAGUGCCUAGUCAAGGACUCCAAGCUCAUCCUCACUGAGAGUUCCAAGGCGGGCUUGCCGGGCUUCUAUGACCCCUGUGUGGGAGAACAGAAGGGCCUGAAAUUGCUCUAUCAGUUCAGAGGAGUAAUGCACCAAGUCAUCUGUGCCGACACCGAGCCACUCCGGAUACCCAAACAAUCUCACAGGAUUGAAAGUGAAUCUUAGGAGGCAUGGAGCACUAGAGGGCAAUGAAGGAACAAAAUACCUUUUUUGACAAAGAUCUGGCCUUUGGUCCUCCUCUGUGAUGGUGUUAGUGAAUCUUUUAUCAAGUCCUUCCAGUCCUCUUUUUUUUUUUUCCCCCUCCAAAGUGUCUCCUAGCUGCGAGGUUAACACAGCCACUGGGAGUUUGCUUGACACUUGACAGAACAGCUCAAAUAUCGUCUGUACACUGACGAAGGACAGAGGAGCAUGCAACCAAAGGGCCGGCCGGUCGUGCUGCCAUCAGUGAUUGGGCAAAAUUUCGUGGGAAGAUGUCAGCCUUCGUGACCGUGUCAAACAUGCAGCUACGCAAGGAAAUGUGCGUUUUACCUCACUGUUGACUUUACUCAUCACAUUUUGUCCUGCAGAACCUUCAUGAGAUAUUACAGUGUACGACGUACUUGCCAUGCAAACAGGAUUAAGUCAUAGGACGGUCUGCAGUAUGAAGUUUUGUUCGGGUCUCAUCUUUGGUUUAUGUUGGCUGCGCAGUGGGGUGUCACUCUUUGGAAAUGUGUGAAAAUAUAAUGUGAGGAAAAGGGAAGCGACAGUGUUCAGGAUGGUGCUGAUUUGUGCAUUUUAGGAUUCAUUCAGAUUCUAUUUAAUGUCCUCUAGGUUUUGUUGUAGUAAUAAUUAUGUUAUAUUGUUAGCAAUAAUUAUAUUUUGGCUGCUACUAACCUCCAGUAUAUAAACUCUGAUGCAAAUGUGUGAUGUUUACUUUGAUUUAACAAUUUUCUCAUGAACUGCCACUUCCAGUUUGUUCCUCUGAAACAGAUUUUACUUGUUUUAUUUUUUUCUGAAAUGUUGAGUAAGUCAGCACAUCGCAUCUGUCAUAUCUUGCACAUGUUAAUUUGUCUCCCGUGUCCUUCAGUUGUGUUUUUAGUUUCUGUUACACACAUGUUGGUUGUUUUUUUUCCAGACUUGUCUUUUAGAAAAACGGCACAUAAUCCUGCAGCUCUGAGCAACAAUUUCAAAUGUUAUUCUUUCAAAGCAAAUUGAUCAAGGAGCAAUUAUUGUAAGGACUGCAUUGAAGGGAAACUAUAUUUUGCACUGAAAUGUUUGAAUACAGUGAGUAAUUCUGGUAUUGGAUGGAAGUACUGCAAUACUGAUUUGCCAUUUUGUUACUCUCAAAUUGUGUGCGUAGUACACAAUUGCUGUAUUCCCAUUUCGCUCAUUUUACAAUGUGUGGCACUUUAUAAAGUACAAAUGCACAAUUUAAUGAGAUCCAAUAAAAUAAGAAUAGCUGCAUCAAAUAUUCUGCCUUUACAAUUGUAACAACGUUGUUUGGACUGAGUGACAUUGUCAGAGAGGUGUAAUAGCUGCAUCAAAUAUUCUGCCUUUACAAUUGUAACAAUGUUGUUUUGACUGACUGACAUUGUCAGAGAGCUGUAGAAUUUACUGCAUCAGGUUUCUAUUGAGAGGACCUUAUUUAACAAGGAAAUAAAUACCUCUGAGCAGUGAUACCCCACAGUAAUGCACGUCCAUCCACCAUUAUUUGUAGUGCUUAACCUCACCACGAUUGUGGGGGUGCUGAAGCCUGUCCCAGGAAAGUCUGGGUGAGAGACAGGGUGCACCCUGAAUUGGUCGCCAGCCAAUCACAGGGCACAUACUGCAUCAUCAAACACCAUUUUCCACUAACAUUCUCACUUACAGGCUAUUUAGAGUUGCCAAUGAACCUACUGUAUCGUGCAUGUUUUUAGGACGUGGGAGGAAACAGCAGAAAACCCACACAGUCACACGGGGAGAAUAUGCAACCUCCACACAAGCAAAUCCGGGUCCUCAGAACUCUGAGGCAGAUGUACUAACCACUUGAACCAGAAAAUAACAUAUUAAUACAAUAUUAAAUCACAAUGUCAAUUAAAACAUUUCUUUUGGUAACUUUUUUUAAUUGCGCAAGUGUAAUUAAUAUUUGUACCAAAUAUGCCGAGUGGGUUAUUUUGACAAAUGUUCUGUUCACAACUGCUGCACCGUUGUUCUAAGACCAGCAGAAAAGCAGGAUCCUAAAUGUUACAUUCCUAUCUACAUCCGAAAUGUUUUUAUGUAAUACAGUAUGUGUAACGUGUGCUGAAUGGAGGGGCAUU